AUGAAUAUGUUUGUAUUAAACAAACAACAUUCCUAUUCACUUUUUCUUCUUCUUGUAUCUAUUGCAGUGUUUUCAUAUUCAGUUCAAGCCAUGAGAUUUGAUCUACCACAUGAUAAAGCAGGAAGAUGCUUCUCCGAAGAGAUAACAAAGAUCAAUUCAAUGGUACUCGGUAACUACUCAAUCGUAAAUUCCAACCAGGAUCAACCAUUACCACCAAACCACAUUAUGACAGUUCAGGUUUAUCCGCCUCAAGGCGUUGUCCCGUAUCAUGUUGCAGAGCGUGUUCAAGCUGGACAGUUUGCAUUUACUGCAUAUCAAGUUGGUCAGUAUGCAAUAUGUUUUAUGGAUACAAGUGAUGAUCGCCAAGUAACAUUCUCUGUUGAUUUUGAGUGGAAAACUGGAGUUGCAGCAGCAAAGGGUCACCACAAGAAUAUUGCAAAGAAAAGUGAUGUUGAUUGGCUGGCAUUUGAGGUACAAAAGAUGCAAGAAACUGCCUUGGCCAUUAAAGAAGAGAUGUCUUAUCUUCUUGAACGAAAUACAGAAAUGACUGAACUCAAUUGGAUAACUGAUAAUCGAAUAUUCUUGUUGAAUUUCUAUUCAUUAUUUGUAUGUUUAUCCGUAGCAGGAUUACAACUAUGGCACUUGAAGACCUUUUUUGAGAAAAAGAAAAUCAUAUAA